UCCAGCUCCACGUCUUCUCUCCUGCUCUGACGUCAGUUCAAAAACAGGAAGUGUGUGUGUGUGACCUGCAACAGCAGUAGCAGCAAAAUGAUGAACAUCAGCAGAAGAAGUCCACUCUUCCUCCUCCUGCUCUCUUCUUCCUCCUCCGGCUCCUGGAUCCGCAGCUCCGGCUCCUGCUGCGGACUCCAGUCCGGGUCCAGGAGACUAAUAUCCGGCAUGAAGGUGUUCGACAGGAGGAUGAAGAGGAGACAGAGGAGCUGGUCAGCACGUCAGGAGGACACUGAACUGUACGACUACCUGAGGGACGAGGUUGGCAGUCGUUUGGCCGAUCGGGUCCACGACAUCGCUCGGACGUUUCCUCUGGCGCUGGACGUCGGCGGCGGAAAGAAUCACAUCACACAACAUUUAAGCAACGACGUAGUGGAGCGUCUGUUUCUCACUGACGUCUCAGAGGAAACUCUGAAGCGGCGCCGACGCGGCGAGAUUGCGACCCACUGCGUCGUGGCGGACGAAGAGUUUCUGCCGUUCAAAGAAAACACGUUCGACCUGGUUGUGAGCAGCUUGAGUCUGCACUGGACCAACGACCUCCCUGCAGCGCUGACGCAGAUCCAGCAGGUGUUGAAGCCAGAUGGCGUGUUCAUCGGGGCUAUGGUGGGCGGAGACUCACUGUACGAGCUCAGGUGUUCACUUCAGCUCGCUGAGACUGAGAGGGAGGGGGGCUUCUCCCCCCACGUGUCACCCUACACUGCUGUCACUGACCUGGGAAACCUGCUGAGUCAUGCUGGCUUCAACAUGCUGACUGUGGACGUUGACGAUGUUCAGGUUCAUUAUCCUGGAAUCUUUGAAGUCAUGACGGAUCUUCAAGGAAUGGCUGAAAGUAACUGUGCGUGGAACAGGAGGGCGCUGUUACACAGAGACACCUUGUUAGCCGCCGCCGCCGUUUAUAAAGAGAUGUACGGGAAUGAUGACGGCUCUGUUCCCGUCACCUUUCAGAUCCUCUACAUGAUCGGCUGGAAGCCUCAUGAGUCGCAGGCCAAACCAGCAAAGCGAGGCUCCGCCUCCACGUCCUUCGCAGAUUUGUCAAAGAUCAACAAGCCAAUCAGAAAAGACGACGCUGACUUGUAGCAUUCUUUCGAAUAAAGAAGAACAGUUGGUGGGAAA